AUGAUUUUCAAAGUGAAAACCCUUUUCUCUAUACUUUUCAUUAUCAUCCUCGAAGCUUCAAUGGCAGGAUCCUUAGAAACCACUUCAUUCGUUGAUCAAUCCACCUCUAUCGUUAUAUUGAACAUUAAGCCAAGUCAAAAUCUCAUUCUUGAUAUGGAGUCUUCUCGCUACCAUGAAAUCCUAAGGACCUCGAUCAACAAAGCCCAUUUUUGCAAAAUUCUAGGGCUUGCUUCAUUUGAAGGACUCGUUGAUCUAGAAUCAGCCUCUAAUAAUGCACUCAUCGAGAUGUUUCACCAGAUAGGAUAUAUUAGAGACAUAUCUCUUUUGUCAAAGUCUAGGAAGCCCUUUCUUCCUCCUGUGUGGAACAGGCUCUUUACUUUUUUGUUCAAGAGUUUUUCUGAAUGUGUUGCUGGAUUUGACAAUGCAAGUAAGCUAUUCUACACCAUUAUCUAUAGUCUAUACCAUGACAUCAAUCUUGACUAUGGUUCGAUUUUGUGGACAUAG